UGAAACAACACAAGUGCGGUCACUUUUGCAUAUUAAACUUCUACUUUUCUACAAACAAGUUCAAAUAUAGUCCAAUAUAGGCUGUCGCAAAGAUUUUUGAUCAAGGAUAAAGCAAAGCUCGACGCAGAAAAAGACCGCGCACGACUCACCUUCAUCAGGAUGACGCAGUCAGAGAUGAUACUUCCAAACUGCUCGCCAUCAGAAGAAACCCUUCAUCAGAGGCUUCGAUACCUGAGCGAAACGAUCCAACGGCAACUGCAGGAAGCAGAGAGCAGACACAGAGAGCAGUUGGAGAGCAGGAUUCAUCACUACAUCCAACUGUCAACUGAUCUAAAUCACUCAUCUCCUCACACAAAGUCAAGCAGUCUGAGGAGAGCUGCCUCAACACUUGCUCUAACAUCGGAAAACAAUCGAUCAAUCCAGUCAAAGCAGCAGUGCGAACGAGUCGCUUCAUGCAAAACAACAAAGCAGAAAAAGGAGGAGGAAGCCGAGGCCGAGUGCAAGAAGAAGUUCAGCGCGCAUCCUGUUCCUACUCAAGUCAAGCUUCCACUCUACCGGGAGAUGGUGGAGGAGCGGGACAAGAAACGAAAGCAAGGCUUAGAGCAAAGGAAAAGCUUUCUGCUUUCUUUUCAGAAACCUUUCAGCUUUCAGGAGAGAGAAAAGAAGAAACAAGAGCCAAUGGAUACAUUGUUAAAGCAAGUCUCGCAGAAGACAACUGUAAAAAACAUUCAGCGGUCCUCUCCCAAGCAAGUGAAGCCCCCGAUAGACCAAGAGUGUUGCAUGAAAAACCACAUCGACACCACACAACAGGUGAACAACGAAAAACCCAAACUUCGCAUCGCGGACCGCAACAGAAUGCAAAAAUUGGCUUUCCUGGAUGAGAAACCAAGCUUUCAGCCUAAAAUCAACCACCAGGUGCCCGAUUUCCAACAGUUGCACAAAACUCUUCAAACAGAGUCUCUGAGAACAUCACUAGGCAAACAUAUCACCAAGUGUCAGCCCUUCUACCUGAGAACAUCCGCACGUCAUGCUAGGCAAAGUAAGCCGAGCCCUGAAACGUCACAGAUACGCAGUCAAAGUCAUCUAGGUCGAAGUAAAUCCUAUGAUGCACUAAAGUCACUGUCUGCGGACACGCUUCCGACUUACAUCACAGACGCAACAAGGAAACGCUGCAUGGCCAUUCGCACGUCCAUGGAGAUGAGGGAUGUGAAGAAACAGGAGAGUGCAGACUGGUUGAGGAAAUACCAGAGCAAGUCAGAGGCCAUGAGGAAGACUGUUUCCCUCCAUGCCAAGUUGCUGGACCCUCACAAAAGCUUGAGGGAAGUCUACGAUGAAAAACUGCAGCACCAUCGGGAGGCGGAUCGCCAAAAGACAAAAGAUUACAUGAAGGAUCUAAAGGACAUUAAGGCUCGUGUGAGAGAGCGUCCCCUAUUGUUCGAACAGGUGAAACAGAGGAACGCCAAAGCUCGAGCAGAACAAGCAUACAAGAACGAACUGAGGAAAGCUGGCAUAAAAGAACAGUUUGUUGAAGAAAAGGGAGGAGCUGUGACAAAUGACAUCCAUCUCAUACAGAUCCAAGGAUGACACAAACCCAGAUGUUGCAGGGUGACAUUGUUUUUUCACCAAUUGUUUUCUUCAUACAUGAUAAGAUCCCACAAUGUACAGUAUGUUACAAACAACAUGUUUGCUGUACAGCCAAAAGCUUGAUGUGGUUUCUUUCAUGUCACGUUACAUAAUGUUAGGGGCCUGCCUGCUCGGAACAAGAGAAACACGGUAGCCAAGUAAAAAUGAAAUAUAAUUACAAUAUAGACAUUUUCUAUCCCCAACAUGUCUGACUUAGGGAUAAAAAUUGAAGAUGUGGAUGAGAAGAGCGUCGGCGUCCAGAGGGAAUGAUUGUCAUGAUCAGACAGUACAAUGUUUUUGCGGCUGUUCGGCUGGAGCGCGACACUCUAUUCAAAUAUGACUCAUGUCUACCUAACCACAUCAACAAUGGAUACUCCAACAUCUGCAACUAUAAAUUAAGAAUUCUCAAAACAUCUGAAGUCACAACAUGCAACAAUAGUGGAAAUAACCAUGGAUGUGAGCCAAAGAAUGUCAUUGUUUAGAUGUUUGUAAAUAUGUUUUUAGUUUGUCGUAGUUAAUUCAUUCACUGCAAUUGACGGAUUGUUCAAUCGCUGCCAGCCCUACAAGUCAAAAUGGCUUGGACAUCUAGCACCAUCAAUGGCACUAAAACACAAUCAUUUGCUGUCUUAUGUAAUUUACA